UGGUGCCUUUCUGCCUUUCGUUCGCGCAACAUAUCGGUUAUGUUUCAAAAGGAAACGAGCGCAUGAUGACGAAGUUUGGCUGGAAAUCAGUUGGGCAAAAUGUGGCGAAGGGAUCAGAGUUGUGUAUUUUUCUCGCUGGUUAUGGCGUGGUUUUGCCAUCCGAAAGGGCUAAACUGUCAACAACAAGUAUUGCAAAAUCAACAACAACAGCUACAGCAACAGCAAUCAUAUAAUCUAGAUACUAUCCAGGAGCGUGGAUUGGCAACUGCCAACUCCCAGCUUCAGGACAUCCAGGUUCAAUGCGAAAGAGACGCAAUGAAAGUCACUAUCAAAUUCAACACUCCUUUUAACGGAAUCGUAUUCUCCAAGGGCUUUUACUCGGACUUAGCAUGCGUUCAUGUGAAGCCUAAUUCUGGAGCGAAUUCAGCGGUGUUCGUUAUUGCCAAGGGGAGUUGUGGUCUGACCAGUUCGGGCAAUCCCGACGCCUACGGCCAACCCAAUCCAUCAGGAACAUUUGUUCAAAACACCAUCGUUAUCCAAUACGAUCCUCAAGUGCAAGAAGUUUGGGAUCAGGCCAGAAGAUUGAAGUGCACCUGGUACGAUUUCUAUGAGAAAAGUGUCACAUUCAAACCGUUCUCUGUCAACCGCCUUAACGCUGUCACUGCCAACUUCCUGGGAGACAGUUUGCAGUGUUGGAUGCAGAUUCAAAGUGGUAAAGGACCUUGGGCUGGCGAAGUUAGUGGGAUUGUGAAAAUUGGCCAAACCAUGACAAUGGUGUUAGGCAUCAAGGAUGAGGACGAAAAGUUCGACAUGUUAGUGAGGAACUGUGUGGCCCAUGACGGAAAACGCUCGCCCAUCCAAUUAGUCGACGAUCGAGGGUGCAUUCAAAGGCCCAAAAUAAUGUCCAGCUUCCAAAAGAUCAAGCACUUUGGAUCCUCGGCCAGUGUAGUGUCUUAUGCUUACUUUCAAGCAUUCAAAUUUCCAGACUCUAUGAAUGUUCACUUCCAAUGUGUGAUUCAAGUUUGUCGCUUUAGCUGUCCUACACCCGAGUGUAUAAGUGGUAAUGCCAACAUUCUUCCUCCAGCCUCGAAUCUAGAAACAUACUCAAUUCCUGUCUCCGGGAACCUAGCUUCAGGUUCAUUAUCCAUCAAUAGGAUGGAUGAAUUCACAGUUCCCUCCUCGGUGGGUUUGGUUGGUCCAGAAUCAGGGCGUUUUGGUGAAUCAAAUCAGUUCAACUUGCCUCAAUCGAUUGGCUUGGGAUCUAACUCAGUGAGACAGCAGCCGCAACAAUCGAAUAAUCGAUUGAGGAGAUCAGAACCAUUGGAACUGGAAAAUAUGCUUAAAGUGACGGUCAAGUCAGACAUGGGCGUUUUAGACUCAAAGGACCUCCAGUAUGAAAAACUUGGCUCUUCUAACGAGUCCUUCAUUGGCUUCGAGUCGUCGGAUGAGCACAUUAUUUGUGCCACAGUCAAUAAUCAUCACGGAUUAACCAUCAUUUUCUUAUUGUCAACCUUCGCUGCCUCAAUUUUAAUCAGUGUGGGAAACGGAAUCAGGUCCUGUUGCUGUUGAACCAACAAUGUCAACUAAUGUAGUACUUCUCUUUGCCAAAUGUCAGUAUUAACUUUUAUUCCUUAGCGUCAAUAUGCUCACUUGCCGAAAAAGUGAAAAAUACAUGCCCUAAAUCAUGAUAAUGGUUGAUAUGCUUUGAAGCGUAAAACGAGCUAGAGGUUUACUAAUAGCAGCCUGAUGUGAUGUGCUAGAAUGCACUCUAGAAAAAAAAUACUUCAAAUAUUUAAGAGAUUAGAUUGUGCCGAUGUAUUUU